AUGGAGACUGGAGAUAUAUUUAGAGUAAGUAGUGCACGAGUUAGUAGUUCUAGUGUAUGGAGGAACAGUGCCAGAGAAAUUUUUUCGAUGUCUUCUCGUGAAGAAGACGAUGAAGAAGCUCUGAAAUGGGCUGCUCUUGAAAAACUUCCCACUUAUCUUCGAAUAAGGAGAGGCAUACUGACUGAAGAAGGUGGCCAAUCAAGAGAGAUUGACAUAGCGAAUCUUGGGCCAGUGGAGAAAAAGAACUUGAUGGAGAGGCUUGUGAAAAUCGCAGAGGAAGAUAAUGAGAAGUUCUUGAUGAAGCUCAAGGAACGCAUUGAUCGAGUCGGACUUGAUCUCCCCACUAUUGAAGUCCGGUUUGAGAAUUUAAAUGUUGAUGCAGAAGCUUAUGUUGGCGGCAGAGCACUGCCUACUUUAUUCAACUUCUCUGUAAAUAUGGUUGAGGGGUUCUUGAAUUCUAUACAUGUUCUUCCAAGUCGGAAGAAACCAUUACCAAUACUUCAUGAUGUCAGUGGAAUCAUCAAGCCAGCCAGAAUGGUAUUGCUUUUAGGCCCACCAAGCUCCGGAAAAACAACAUUGCUGUUGGCAUUGGCUGGAAAACUUGGUUCAGAUCUGAAAGUUUCAGGGAGAGUAACCUACAAUGGUCAUGGAAUGGAGGAGUUUGUUCCACAAAGGACAUCUGCUUAUAUAAGUCAACAUGAUCUUCAUUUGGGAGAACUGACAGUAAGAGAGACAUUAGCUUUUUCAGCAAGAUGCCAAGGAGUUGGAGCCCGUUAUGAAAUGUUAGGAGAAUUGUCAAGAAGAGAGAAAGAAGCAAACAUUAAGCCAGAUCCUGAUGUUGAUAUUUAUAUGAAGGCGGCAUCACUUGAAGGGCAAGAGGCCAGCGUUGUAACAGAUUACAUUCUCAAGAUUUUGGGACUUGAAAUAUGUGCUGAUACACUGGUGGGGGAUGAAAUGCGAAGAGGCAUUUCUGGAGGACAACGAAAGCGACUCACUACAGGAGAGAUGAUGGUUGGACCAGCAAGAGCUCUUUUCAUGGAUGAGAUAUCAACUGGUUUGGACAGUUCAACGACUUUUCAGAUUGUGAACUCAAUUAGGCAAUCAAUCCACAUACUUCAAGGAACAGCUGUAAUAUCACUCCUCCAGCCUGCACCUGAAACCUAUGACCUAUUUGAUGACAUAAUUCUCAUAUCAGAUGGGAAAAUUGUGUACCAAGGUGCCCGUGAAAACGUGCUAGAGUUCUUNGGAAUUUAA